AUGUGACGUGAACGUGGUCCUGGAAAUGACCGGAAACAACUCCGCGCUGCACGACUCGGUUCGGCCGCGGAGCGCAUGGCGCAGCUGUGGAGCGUCAACGCGAGCGCGCCUUAUUGGAACGACUCCGAGGCGGGCGAGGAGCGCGUGAGCGGCGCAGACUUGCCCGCGGACGGCUCUCCCGCGCUGCGCGUGCUCGUCUCGGUGGUGUACUCGCUGGUGUGCGCGGCGGGCCUGGCGGGCAACGUGCUGGUGCUCCUGCUCGUCAGGGUGCGCGACAGAGGCGGCGGAGGGAAGCGGCGCGCCACCAUCAACCUGUUCAUCGUCAACCUGGCCGUGACCGACCUGCAGUUCGUGCUGACGCUGCCGUUCUGGGCGGCGGACACCCUGCUGGACUUCAGCUGGCCUUUCGGCCACGCCAUGUGCAAGGUGGUGCUCAGCGUGACCGUCAUGAACAUGUACGCCAGCGUCUUCUUCCUCACCGCCAUGAGCGUGACGCGGUACUGCUCCGUGGCAUCCGCGCUGCCGGAGCCCGCCGCCGGGCAGGGGCGUUGGUGCGCCGCACUCUGGGCGGUGGGCGCGCUGUGGGCGGCGGCCACCUUGGCCACCGCGCCUACCGCCAUCUUCUCCACGGUGAGGCAGGUGGCGGGGGAGCGUCUGUGCCUGCUGGACUUCCCGGAAGGAGAGGCGUGGCUCGCUCUCUACCACCUGCAGAAGAUCCUGGUGGCCUUCGUGCUCCCCGCCCUGGUCGUGUGCGCCUGCUACCUUCUGCUCCUGCGCCUGCUGCGGGCGCGCACUUGGAGUGGCAAGCAGGUGAGGCGGCGGGCGCGCGUCACUCGCUCCGUGACACUGGUGGUCGUGUCCUUCUUCGUGUGCUGGAUGCCCAACCACGCCAUCACGCUGUGGGGGGUUCUGGUCAAGUUCAACGUGCUCCACUGGGACCGGGCCUACUACCUGGCGCACACCUACGUGCACCCGCUCAGUGUGUGCCUGGCGCACACCAACAGCUGCCUCAACCCGGUUCUCUACUGCCUCAUGCGUCCGGAGUUCCGCACCAAGCUCAAGGACAUGUUCUGGAAGAUGGCGUCCCCUGCUGCGCCCCGAUCCGCCGCCACCGCGCAAGCACAGCCCGGUGACGUCGCCAUUCCGCUUAACAAUGUGGACACGGAGAACUGCCGUCUGUCCGUUCUGACGGAUCACUGUGACCCGGUCCUGACGCCGGAGCCGCACGCCAGUGACGGCGGCGCAGAUGUGGAUGUUUUGAUGAGGAACACUGAAACGUUUGGACAGGAAGCAACUUAAAGUUAAAGUACCACUGAUAGUCGCGCACACACUAGGUGUGGUGAAAUUAACCUCUGCAUUUGACUAGGGAUGUCCGAUAAUGGCUUUUUUGCCGAUAUCCGUUAUUCCAAUAUUGUCCAACUCUUAAUUACCGAUACCGAUAUUUACAGUCGUGGACUUAAGACAUUAUUAUUCCUAAUUUGGACAACCAGGUAUGGUGAAGAUAAGGUCCUUUUUUUUUUUUUAAAUAAUUAUAUGAAAUAAGAUAAAUAAAUUAAAAACAUUUUCUUGAAUAAAAAAGAAAGUAAAACAAUAUAAAAACAGUUACAUAGAAACUAGUAAUUAAUGAAAAUGAGUCAAAUUAACUGUUAAAGGUUAGUACUAUUAGUGGACCAGCAGCACGCACAAUCAUGUGUGCUUACGGACUGUAUCCCUUGCAGACUGUAUUGAUAUAUUUUGAUAUAUAAUGUAGGAACCAGAAUAUUAAUAACAGAAAGAAACGACCCUUUUGUGUGAAUGAGUGUAAAUGGGGGGAGGGAGGUUUUUUGGGUUGGUGCACUAAUUGUAAGUGUAUCUUGUGUUUUUUAUGUUGAUUUAAUAAAAAAUUUUAAAAAACGAUACCGAUAAUAAAAAAAACUAUACCGUUAAUUUCCGAUAUUACAUCUCUACAUUUGACCCAUCCCCUUGUUCCACCCCUUGGGAGGUGAGGGGAGCAGUGAGCAGCAGUGGUGGCCGCGCUCGGGAAUCAUUUUGAUGAUUCAACCUGCUCAGUGGCCUUGUGGUUAGAGUGUCCGCCCUGAGAUCGGUAGGUCGUGAGUUCAUACCAAAGACUAUAAAAGUUAAAGUACCAAUGGUUGUCACAAACACACUAGGUGUGGUGAAAUUAACCUCUGCAUUUGACUAGGGAUGUCCGAAAAUGGCUUUUUUGCCAAUAUCCGAUAUUCCGAUAUUGUCCAACUCUUAAUUACCGAUACCGAUAUAUACAGUCGUGGACUUAAGACAUUAUUAUUCCUAAUUUGGACAACCAGGUAUGGUGAAGAUAAGGUCCUUUUUAAAAAAAAAAAAUAAUUAAAUUAAAUAAGAUAAAUAAAUUAAAAACAUUUUCUUGAAUAAAAAAGAAAGUAAAACAAUAUAAAAACAGUUACAUAGAAACUAGUAAUUAAUGAAAAUGAGUCAAAUUAACUGUUAAAGGUUAGUACUAUUAGUGGACCAGCAGCACGCACAAUCAUGUGUGCUUACGGACUGUAUCCCUUGCAGACUGUAUUGAUAUAUUUUGAUAUAUAAUGUAGGAACCAGAAUAUUAAUAACAGAAAGAAACGACCCUUUUGUGUGAAUGAGUGUAAAUGGGGGGAGGGAGGUUUUUUGGGUUGGUGCACUAAUUGUAAGUGUAUCUUGUGUUUUUUAUGUUGAUUUAAUAAAAAAUUUUAAAAAACGAUACCGAUAAUAAAAAAAACUAUACCGUUAAUUUCCGAUAUUACAUCUCUACAUUUGACCCAUCCCCUUGUUCCACCCCUUGGGAGGUGAGGGGAGCAGUGAGCAGCAGUGGUGGCCGCGCUCGGGAAUCAUUUUGAUGAUUCAACCUGCUCAGUGGCCUUGUGGUUAGAGUGUCCGCCCUGAGAUCGGUAGGUCGUGAGUUCAUACCAAAGACUAUAAAAGUUAAAGUACCAAUGAUUGUCACAAACACACUAGGUGUGGUGAAAUUAACCUCUGCAUUUGACUAGGGAUGUCCGAAAAUGGCUUUUUUGCCAAUAUCCGAUAUUCCGAUAUUGUCCAACUCUUAAUUACCGAUACCGAUAUAUACAGUCGUGGACUUAAGACAUUAUUAUUCCUAAUUUGGACAACCAGGUAUGGUGAAGAUAAGGUCCUUUUUUUAAAAAAAAUAAUAAUUAAAUUAAAUAAGAUAAAUAAAUUAAAAACAUUUUCUUGAAUAAAAAAGAAAGUAAAACAAUAUAAAAACAGUUACAUAGAAACUAGUAAUUAAUGAAAAUGAGUCAAAUUAACUGUUAAAGGUUAGUACUAUUAGUGGACAAGCAGCACGCACAAUCAUGUGUGCUUACGAACUGUAUCCUUGCAGACUGUAUUGAUAUAUAUUGAUAUAUAAUGUAGGAGCCAGAAUAUUAAUAACAGAAAGAAACAACCCUUUUGUGUGAAUGAGUGUAAAUGGGGGAGGGAGGUUUUUUGGGUUGGUGCACUAAUUGUAAGUGUAUCUAAAAAACGAUACCGAUAAUUAAAAAAACGAUACAGAUAAUUUCCGAUAUUACAUCUUUACAUUUGACCCAUCCCUUUGUUCUACCCUUUGGGAGGUGAGGGGAGCAGUGAGCAGCAACGGUGGCUGCGCUCUGGAAUCAUUUUGGUGAUUCAACCUGCUCAGUGGCCUUGUGGUUAGAGUGUCCGCCCGGCGAUCGGUAGGUCGUGAGUUCAUACCAAUGACUAUAAAGGUUAAAGUUAAAGUACCAUUGAUUGUCACACACACACUGGUGAAAUGUGUCCUCUGCAUUUGACCCAUCCCCUUGUUCACCCCCUGGGAGGUGAG